CAGGCGCAUUCCUCUGGUUCCGUGGUGGGAAUCGAACGCCGCUGCGGGUUUGAGCAGGAAUGACGCUACUUUACUGCACCGCUGCAAAGCUGCGGCACAUGACAGCGCCGCGCACGUAACAUGGGCCUCGCAGGAGAUGGCAGCUACCUGUCUGCUGUUACACCUGAUGUCAUGACGCGUCUGCGGACAUUCCCUUGACAACCGCGGAUCGGAUACCAAUAUUCAGGGUCCAUCAUGCCCAUCACGCUGCUGUGGGCCGUGGACGUGUACGGCCGGGUCUACAGCCUCUCCACAGCCGGCCAGCGCUGGGAGCGUGCAGACGACAUGCUGCUGGAGCUGAAGCGUAUUACUGCGGGGAAGGGCCGCUGCUGGGGCAUCGGCUGUGACCACCGUGUUUACCUCAACAUGAUGCCCAGUGAGACGCCCAUCCGCUACAGGGAAGAGACCUAUGAAAACCAGAGGUGGAACCCGGUGGACGGCUUCACUGACACGCUGCUGCCCACCGACCGCUGGCCGUGGAGUGACGUGACUGGGAUGAAUCCUCAACCGCUCCACAGCUUCCAGUUGCCCUCCCGCAGCUGGGAGUGGGAGGGAGACUGGUAUGUGGAUCAGAGCUGUGGAGGGGAACCCAGCCAGACUGGGGGCUGGGAGUAUGCAGUCGAUUUCCCAGCCAACUUCUCCCCGGACAAGAAGUGGAAUUCCUGUGUUCGGCGCAGGCGUUGGAUCCGCUACAGGAGAUACAUCGCACAAGGCACCUGGGCAAAGAUCCCAUUGGACCAUCCCAGGAAACCUCCGCUGCCGCUCUGUGACAUCAGCUGCGGUGGCUGGGAGAUGAGCGACCAGUCUGGAAGGUAUCCCUACCUCUGGGGUGUGUCCCAACAAGGACAGGUGUGGUUCAGGGAGGGCAUCCACCCUCGGGUGCCAGAGGGCUCCAGCUGGGAGGAAGUGGACGUGCCCAAGGAGGUGGCUCAGUUAUCAGCUGGACCUGGAGACCUGCUGUGGGCUUUGCUCUGGGAUGGAAACCUGCUGGUCCGUACCGGCCUCAACCUGGACAGUCCCACUGGCACUUCGUGGGUCGAGGUGGAGUCUCCAGUUAAGGAGGUUGAAGCGCUUCAUGUGGCUGUUGGAGUCAGUGUGGUCUGGGUGGUCACUAAGGAUUUCAAGGUGUGGUUCCGGCGGGGUGUGAACUCUCACAACCCCUGUGGCUCUGGCUGGAUCAGUAUCGGAGGGGAAAUGAUGAUGGUGGAUGUCGGACUCAACGACCAGGUGUGGGCAGUUGGUGAGGACCGUGGCCUGUAUUUUAGAAUCGGUGUCAGCCCGUCUGAACCGAGCGGGAACGGCUGGAUUCCUGUUUCUGGCCAAUGGGGCAACAGUAAAAAGGUUUUUCCAGCCAGAGACUGCUGUGAGUUUAGUGGUCAGCUGACCGAGGCUUCACAAGGCUCAGUUCUGAGCUGCACUGACUCGGACUCGGAGUUAGGACCUCCUGACCCGCAGAGCAGCACAAAUGACACUCCGGUCCUGGAGGCAGCAGCCCCCUCUGUAGUCCCUCUAGGAGCUGACUCCCUGGAGGCAGAGGACACUCCUGUAGCCCCUCAACAGGAUGCCCCCAAACCCUUCAUCCCCGCCAGCGACAGCUUCAUCAACAGCCUGGUGUCAGACCGUGACAAAACAUCCACAUCGCAGCCAACCAUCACAGAGAUACCACAGGAGGAGGUCGAGGACAAGUCCCCGGCGCCGAUACACUUGACUCCUGAGGCUGCAGGACAUGAUGUCCCAUGGAUGAAUGUGGAUCUGGAGGGGGCAGAAGCAGCUCGGGGUGCACAGGUGUUGGGGCCUUCGUUGGCUGAUGGCGGUGCUGCUGCCACCUACACGUUGGGGACUCUAGAGACUCUGCAGGGGGUCGGAGAAGAGGAGGGACCUGUGUGGGCCUGGAUCUCCGGAGGAGGCUGUGACGUGGAUGUGAAUUCAAACAUCAGCUGGCUUAGUCCCACAGGUCCUCUCACCAGCUCUCUGUCAAUGACUCCAGUUCAGUCGGCAGCUUGGAGCGAGCAGCAGCAGCAGCAGGAGCACAGAGAGGAGAUCAGCAAGAAACCGCUGGAGAGAAGCAACUCGGUGUGGGUGCGUAAAGGUGCGUUGCGCUGGUGGCGAGACUGGAAGCCGCAACGCUGGGUGGAUGUGGGCGUCGCUCUGGAGCAGUCCACCAAGUGCGACGGCAGAAGGGACAGCAUUUUCUUCGUCUAUUACACACAGUAUGACGAGAAAAAGUACCUCCAUGUGUUCAUAAGCGAAGUGACAGUGCUGGUUCCAGUGCUCAGGGACUGCCACUAUGCCUUUGCUGUGUACACAGCCCAAAGGACCAAACAGAGGUGGCCUCUGGUUCUGGCAGCACAAACGGAAAAGGACAUGAAUGACUGGUUGUGCUUGUUGUCCGACUGCUGCUGUGAGUGUCGUGGGAUCACAGGUUCCCCGUCCAGACACGCCCUGUGGUCCACCACCUCAAAGGGAGACAUCAUGGUCCAUGAGCCGUCCUUCUCUCUGGAGGCCUCUGCCAACGCACUGUCCUGUGACCUCAUGUUCUGGCGGCAGGUCCCGGGACACCUGCGCUGCAUAGAGUCUAACAGUCUGGGGCUGGUGUGGGGCGUCGGGUGGGACGGCACCGCCUGGGUCCACAGUGGGCGCUACGGGCAACAGCCCACCCCUGGAGAAGCUGUUCAGACGCACCAGCAGACGGAUGUCAGGAGUGUACAUGUGUUUGAGAACCAGCGAUGGAACCCUAUGACAGGAUACACAGACAAAGGACUUCCCACAGACCGCCCCAUGUGGAGUGACGAAAGUGGCCUGAAAGAGUGCACCAAAGGAAACACACACCCGCCCUCCCCUCAGUGGUCCUGGGUGUCAGAGUGGACUGUGGACUACAACGUCCUCGGGGGGACAGACAAAGAAGGGUGGCAGUAUGCUGCAGACUUCCCUGUCACAUUUCAUGGCCACAAAACCCUGAAAGACUUUGUCCGGCGCAGGAGAUGGACGAGGUAA